AUGCCCGAUCUUCGCCGCCAGAUUUUUGAGAGCGGCAAGACCGUCUCGCGCAAAGCCGCCUCAAGAGAAGCCUCCCGCACUACCUCUCGCGAUGGCUCCAAGCAAACAUCUCGCCAAUCUUCACGGGCUGCGAGCAGGCAGCCAUCUGAUGAUGAAGAUUCAGGAUUCCUCUCUGACGAUACUGCCAUGAGCAUCGGCUCACUAGAUGACGAAAAUCCCGAACAGGAAAAUGAAGACUGGCCUCAAGAGCUAGCCGAGCGCAUCCAGGAGCUCCUCGAGCGCAAACGCAGUACCGUGCAAGGGCGCGAAGAGGCCUUGGCAGCCUUCUGCCGCUUGACCAAAUACCAUUACGCCGAAGAAGAACUCCGUGGCUCAGUCACCGAUCUAUUAAGCACAUUCGCCCGAAGCGUUCGAAACGAAACCAGUACCCGCGAAACAACCAAUGCCCUCCGCGCGAUCGAGUUGCUCGUCAUUACGUCAAGUGACGACAAGAUCUAUCAAAAUGCCGAGCCGGUGCUGACGCGCAGCAUCCGCGACUCGAGCUCCGCCGUCGUCAAGGCGGCUGCCAUCCAUUCUCUCGGCACAUGCACCAUCUUCGGUGGUGCCGGCGAAGACGGCAUUCUCGACCAAAUGACUUUCCUCCUCGACAUCAUCGCGUCGGAUGGCCAGUCCAUCGACGCCGCCGACGAUCCGGGGUGUGUCACCGCAGCACUGCAAGUCUGGGGCUUCCUCGUGACCGAAAUCGACGACUUCGAGUCUGAAAGCGAAGAAGCAGUCCAAAUCUUCAUGGACCAGCUCGACAGCGGAGACAGCGGAGUCCAAAUCGCCGCAGGCGAAGCCAUCGCCCUCCUCUACGAAAAGAGCUACACGCCCCAAGAAGACGACGACGACGAAGACGAGGAAGAUUCCGAUGAAAGCGACGAACACGCGCCAGACAUCACCGGCCCCAAACUCAUCAAGCGCUACAACGCAUACCACAACACCCCCGAGCUCGAACGCUCGCUACAGUCCCUCGCAACAGUACACAACAAGCGUAUCAGCAAGAAGGAUAAGAAAUCACUGCACAGCAACUUCGCCUCUAUCCUGACGACUGUUGAGAACCCGCGCCGUGGGCCUCGCUACAAUAUGGCCAUCGACCAGGACACUAAUCGCCACUACGGCAGUACACUCACUGUCAAAAUCGGCCGACACGGCCUUAUGAGCAUCGAUCGCUGGUGGAAGUGGGUUCGUCUUUCGUCGCUUCGCCGUAUCCUGCUGGGUGGUUUUGCCGAACACUACUUCCAGGGAAACCGUGCUGUUCUCGACAAUCUCCCCGUCAUGAUGCGAAGCAUCGGGGAGACCAGCACAGGAACCCCCGACCGUCAGAGCGCGAAGAAGGCCGCCCGAAUGCGCAACUCGCGCCGCUGGACUGCGCAGCAUGACUCUGACGACGAUGAGUAA